GAUAGGCUUCCGUGAAAGUUAUGUUGUUGUUACCUUGUUGUUAUGAUGAUCAAGACAGAAAAGGUUUUACACUUAAAAAGUUCCCGCGGGGGGAAAGUGCGUGUCGUGCGUGAACAUUAUCUGAGAGAGCAUGUGCCUUGUUUUAGUGCACUUUGUCAAGCUGCAUGUCAAAACGAAGGCAAAAUCCUGUCUGGAGACGUGACGCACUAUGUUGUCCCAGAUGCUGGCGUGGUGCGAGACUUCUUGGAAGUGCUGGAGUUUCGAGAGCUCCAGGGGAUUGUGUUCACGCAGACCGCCUGCCAGGCUGCGCAGCACAGCCGACGGAGGCUGUACAACCGGCUGCGCGGCAUGCUAAAGGACCCACGGCACCAAUGUAUUCAUUUCGCCAACGAGUUCCAGCGGUACUCUUACUGCCCCCGGGAGAAAGGAGAGAGCCAAGAGAAAUGGCAGACACGGUGUAUUUAUGAGGCCGCCGUGUGGUACCAUAACCAUCUGGCUGGCCUGAAACCAGUGGUCAUGAUCACGGAGGACCAGGAGGCCGUGGCUGAGUACGGUAGCUGCACCAGCGGGGUGUACGUCAUCUCAACUCAGGAGUACCUGCAGAGUUUCUGGCCCGAGCUGCAGGCUGCCCAGGAGCUGUACAGCUCCAUCUGUCAGGCCCGGCAAGAGCGCGAGAGCGAGAGCACGGAGCGCGAGUACACAGAACACCUGCCUGCCGAGGUGCUGGAGGCUGGCAUCAAAUCUGGACGCUUCAUCCAGGGCACCCUUAACGUGAACAAGCACAGGGCGCAGCAUGAGGCCUUUGUUCGCUUUGAGGGCUCCUCGAACAAAAGCUCAGAGCUGAACAGCGACGUCCUGAUCUGCGGGGGGAAGAAUCGUAACCGUGCGGUGCACGGAGACAUGGUUGCCCUGGAGCUGCUGCCUGCCAGAGAGUGGCGAGGGCGCACCACCGCGCUGCACGAGGGCGUGGCAGAGGACAAGGCCGGGGAGGAGCCUCAGAGCCAGCCGAUGCCCACAGGCAAAGUGGUAGGGAUUCUUCAGAGGAACUGGCGGGACUACGUUGUGACCUUUCCCCCCUGGGAGGAGGUGCAGUCUCAGAGCCGCAAUUCCCAGCGCAUCCUGGUCACACCUUGGGACUACCGCAUCCCCAAGAUCCGCAUCAGCACACAGCAGGCUGAGGCCCUACAGGACCACAGAGUGAUCGUUCGUCUGGACUCGUGGGAGAGCACCUCGCUCUACCCCAACGGCCACACCGUCAGGGUUCUGGGGAAGUCGGGCGAGCUGGAGUCGGAGGUCCAGACCAUCUUGGUGGAGAACUGCAUCCACGUACCUCCGUUCUCCGAGGCACAGCUGCGGGAGAUGCCCGUGAACUCGGCGGAGCAGCCGUGGAGCGUGGCGCCGGAGGAGGUCAGCUCUCGGCUGGACCUGCGGGACACGCACCUGGUGUUCAGCAUCGACCCGCUGGGCUGCGAGGACGUGGACGACACGCUGUCCGUCCGCCUGCUGCCCGGGGGCACGCGCCUGGAGCUGGGCGUCCACAUCGCCGACGUCACACACUUCGUCAAGGAGGGCUCGCUGACCGACCUCGAGGCCCGGGCCAGAGCCACCACGUACUACCUGGCAGACCGCAGGUACGACAUGCUGCCGGCCGUACUGAGUGCAGACCUGUGUUCCCUGCUGGGAGGAGUGGACAGGUACGCGAUGAGCGUGAUGUGGCAGCUGGACACGGCGUCUCUGUCCAUGUGCAAGGUGUGGUACGGCCGCACGCUGAUCCGCUCCUCCUACCAGCUGCACUACGAGCUGGCGCAGAGCCUGCUGAACGGCGAGCCGGCCGCGGUGCCCGAGCUGGAGCGGCUGGACGACCCCGACCUGCGCAGCCGGCGGCGGGCGGAGCUGCUGGAGGCGCUGGGGCAGCUGACCCGCGUGGCGCGGCACCUGCGGGCGCAGCGCGACCAGGGGGGGGCGCUGGAGCUGGAGGGGGUGGAGGUGCGCGCGCAGCUGGACAGCAGCAAGAACAUCACGGCGCUGGUGCCCCGGCAGCCGCUGGAGGUGCACGAGACCGUGGCCGAGUGCAUGAUCUACGCCAACCACUGGGUGGCGCGCAAGAUCCAGGAGAGCUUCCCGCACCAGGCCCUGCUGCGCCACCACCCGCCUCCGCGCCAGGAGUUCUUCAACCAGCUCAUCGACAGCGCCCGCACCCGCGGAUUCACCAUCGAUACACGGUCCAAUAAGGCUCUGGCCGACUCUCUGGACCAGGCGGUGGACCGGAGUGACCCCGUGGUGAACCGCAUGCUGAGGAUGAUGGCCACUCAGGCCAUGUCCAACGCUCUGUACUUCUCCACGGGAGCGUGCUCAGAAGAGCAGUACUACCACUACGGUCUCGCUCUGGACCGCUACACGCACUUCACGUCUCCCAUCCGUCGCUAUGCCGACAUCAUCGUGCAUCGGCUCCUGAUGGCCGCGGUUGCUGCGGAGACGGACGGGCCGCCCAGCAGAGCUGUAGCCUCCAACAAGGAGCUGGAGGAGCUGGCGCACCAGAUCAACAACAGGAACAGAGCUUCGCAGCAUGCACAGAAGCAGUCCACCGAGCUGUUCCAGUCCCUCUACUUUAAAGAUAAGGACCCUCUCACCGAUGAGCACUGUGUCGCCGACGCGGUCAUCUACGCCAUCAGGGCCAACGGCAUGCUGGUGUUCAUCCCAAGGUUCGGCAUUAAGGGUGCCGUGUACCUGAAGAGUCGGGAGAACCAGGUGGUGGCCGUGGAGGGGGACGGACGCUGUGUGUGGCAGGCAGGGACGCUGGACAGACACCUGGACCGGAUCAGCACCACCACGAGCAAGGGCACACACACCUUCCGUGUGUUUGACCACAUAACUGUGCGCAUCUCUGUGCAGCCGGCCCGCUGCCACCCACUCAACCUCUGCCUGGAGGUGGUCAGCAGCCGGCCGCACCAGGCCCCGGCGGCCCCGACGACCGCGGCGGAGACAGGGACGGGGACGCAGCCCAAAGUGCGGGGCCGCUCGGAGCUGGUGCAGGAGGUGGUGCGUCUGGCGGAGCAGGCCUCGCAGCAGGCCGAGGAGAAGAAGGGCAGGAAGGCCAAGCUGCCCAGGGAGGAGCGGGAGUUCAGGCAGAGCAAGCAGCCCAACCUGUACUCCCUCCUGCAGGAGAUCGCAGAGCUGGCCCUGCUGGACCUCCAGAGCUGUGAGCCUUCAGGGCUAGAGGCCCAGACAUGCUCUACCUCUGCCUAGGGCUCAGACAUGCUCUACCCCUGCCUAGGGCUCCCCAGAACAUGACCCAGCGAUCUCCCGCUUUAUGACACAGCAUAAUACUACAGGCCAGGGCCUUCCUCCAUAGAUCUGCAAGGCCUUGGAGAAAUGGGACUAUAGAGAUGAUAACAGAUUAACUUUUUUUAGCCUCAGUGAUCUCAAGAAAUCACCGUCACAGAACUACAGAACAUGUGGUCACCUGCUGCUUUAAUUUCUUUUUUUUUUUUUUAAACAUCUGUUUAUUAGGACAUAUUUUCUUGCUUUAAUUUCCAUUAGCAUGGACUCGGUGUUCCCCCGUACAGAGCUGGGCAAGCUCUCAUGAGGACACUUUUUAAGCUUGAUGCUGGUUUUAGGAGUUUGUGUGAGUUGUACAGUAUAAUACAAUAAUGGAAUGUUCUGAUUUACUAUUAAAUAAAAUAUAUAU